CGUUGAAAAAUCAAAGAGGGGCCUCAAUUUAACGAGAGCAGACCAACGAAAUUGGUAAAGAAACCGAAAUCUUGAGUAUUGUAAAGAAAAAAAGAAAUGACUCUCAAGAAGCUGGACGCAGAUCCCUCAACCUUGGAGAAGGUGUUGGAAGAAUUGAAAUCUGACGAAUCAAACCGUAACAAGAUCAAUUUCAUCCUCUUCCUCGCCAACAAUGAACCCAACACCAACCGCAGCUGGUGUCCUGAUUGCGUUAGGGCUGAGCCUGUGAUUUACAAGACUCUAGAGGAAUCACCGGAGGAAGUGAAUCUUAUUCGGGCUUACGCCGGAGAUAGACCGACGUGGAGGAAUCCGAUGCAUCCGUGGAGAGUCGAUCCUCGAUUCAAGGUCACCGGAGUGCCAACACUUGUUCGCUGGGAUGGAGACAGUGUUAAGGGUCGUCUUGAGGAUCACCAGGCUCAUGUUCCUAACUUGAUUCGCCCACUUCUUGCACCAUCCACUUAAUUCGAUAAGUGACUAUGGCUGGAUCGAUGAUCAAGUUUAUGAAUCGCUAGUUUUCUGUUGCUUUCCAAUAAACCCUUGAAAUAAAAUGUAUCGUUGCAUACUCUUGCUUCUCUACUUAAUAAUAAUGCACACUAUUUGGGUGUCGCUUACAAUUA